AUGGAUGUGUAUGUCAUGAAUAAUGUGUGUGUUCAGAAAUUUGAGAUGCUUUUGAAAAAUCUCACAAAAAGUGAAGAGUCUUCACCUACAGCAGUAACAAUCCCUGAUAUGAAAAACCAUAUCAAGAUUCUGCAGAAUCACAAUUUAACCCAAUCCUUUGCACAUACGACUGCCUGCAAUGUCCUGGGACACAACGAACUUCCAUACUGUUCCAACCUUUUCUCUCUAUCGUCAAACACAUUUUCUGGAGGAAUGGCAAUAAAAGGAACCGACAAAACAUCACAAGCUAUCCUUGACAAAAUCGGAUAUCUCGACCCACACAUCCUCCACCAGCCCAAGACAUCAAUCUCCUCAUCAUACGGCUCCAAGGGCUCCUGUAGAUAA